CUCCAUCUCUCGGCCGUCGUCAAGAUAUAAAACAAAUCAGACACCAGAAUGCACUCGACGCUAUAGCCUUGAAUAAAAGCUUUGCAAGUUUGACCCCUAAUUCAUCUUGUGAUCCUACUACUCAGGCUAAUGCUUGUGUUAACAACCAAGUAGCGCAAUGUGUUGGCGGAAAAUUUACAUUGACUGCAUGUAGUCCUGGUUUGCAGUGCGUUGCUCUGCCAUUGUUACUUAAAAGUGGAACUUCAAUCACCUGUGACACUGCCGCGGAUCGAGACGCUCGCAUUCAAGAUGCACUUGGUUCUAAUACUGCUAGUAGCGUAGCGCCGACUGCUACCGCGUAA